GAUCUAUUUGAUCUAACUGAGAUUUUUAUUUCUUUAAGUGACAAUUUGAAAAUCAGCUUUGGGAUUUUUAAUUUCUGAAUUUCAAUCAUAAAAAGAAAAAAAGAAAGAGAAGCUGUGAAUAAAGCUAAUCAAUAUAUUCAAUUCCUUUGCUUUUUCAUAGUUUUAGCUCAAUUUGACCGCCAAAAUUGUGGGCUUCAAUCAUUGUUGCUUUUAACUUUCGUGGUCAUUAAAGCUAUAGGGGUCUUCGAUUAUACCACAUUAUUCUUAUUUUUACCCUAUUAUUAGUUAAACCCAUUAUUAAAUAUACUGUUUAUUUUAAUCUAUUUGCUUUCCAAUCACAACCCAUUUUGUUUUUCAAUUUUUUGUUUGGUCGAAUAGCUUUAUUUGUGCAUUAGUGUUGAAUUUUCUACUGCAUUUGUGGAUAUCCGUUGGUUUAAGCAAAGCCCAUUUGGUCUAUUUGAUUUGGGAGUGUGAUUUUGGGUUCUUUAACUGCGGAUUUGUUUAUUUACUUCUCAGAUUGGUGAUAUUUUGUUGGGUUUUGAAUGAUAAGAAAUAGUAUGUUAUACUGUGAGAAAUGAAGUUGUGUGUUUUGAGAGAUGGGGUGUGUUUUUGGGAGAGAGAUCUCAUCAUCUGGGCCCCAUAGCGGCGAGUUUGUAGCUGGGAAAGGGAGGGAAAAGAGAGAGGAGAGAGAGUCGGCCGUGCCUACGUCGAGAAGAGAGAAAGUAGUCGCUUCUGAGAGUAAGGCGGAUAGCGGCGGCGCUAGUGUAGUUCAGAAUGGUGGGGAUCAGAAGGAGGAGCAGAAGGAUGGGACUGCACGGCCUCGAGGAGGAGAGAGGAGAAGGUCUAAGCCGAAUCCGAAGCUGAGUAAUCCUCCUAACAACAUCCAUGGCGAGCAAGUGGCUGCAGGAUGGCCAGCUUGGCUGUCUGCAGUAGCCGGAGAGGCUAUCAAUGGCUGGACCCCACGUCGUGCAGAUACAUUUGAAAAAAUUGACAAGAUUGGACAAGGGACUUAUAGUAAUGUGUAUAAAGCUAGAGAUGCUGUAACGGGGAAGAUUGUUGCCUUGAAGAAGGUUAGAUUCGAUAAUUUGGAGCCCGAGAGCGUGAGAUUUAUGGCCAGGGAGAUAUUGAUCUUGCGUCGCUUGGAUCAUCCGAAUGUUGUCAAAUUGCAAGGAUUAGUGACAUCGAGGAUGUCAUGUAGUUUGUACCUUGUGUUUGAUUACAUGGACCAUGAUUUGGCUGGCCUUGCUUCUAGCCCUGCAAUCAAGUUUACAGAGCCUCAGGUUAAAUGUUUCAUGCAUCAGCUAUUGUCUGGUCUUGAACACUGCCACAACCGCCAUGUGUUACAUCGUGAUAUUAAGGGAUCGAAUCUCCUUAUUGAUAGUGGCGGAGUUCUUAAGAUUGCUGAUUUUGGGUUGGCUUCGACUUUUGACCCGAACAAUAAGCAGCCCAUGACUAGUCGGGUGGUUACUCUUUGGUAUAGGCCACCGGAGCUGCUUCUUGGGGCCACUGACUAUGGUGUAGGUGUGGACUUGUGGAGUGCCGGGUGCAUUUUAGCCGAGCUAUUUGCUAGGAAGCCCAUUAUGACUGGGCGAACGGAGGUAAAUAUUUAAGUUCUUUAUUUAAAC